AUGGCAGGGUUCUUGACUUGGUUAUGGGACUGGUUGCUGUGGAUGUUCUGGGCCACUGAAAUGGAUGUCACGAUAGUCGGUCUUCAGAAUGCAGGCAAAACGAGUCUGGUGCGAGUACUUGCAGGAAAUGAAUUCACGGUCGACUCUAUCCCCACGGUGGCUUUCAACAAAAAGGAAGUGAAAAAGGGCCAUGUUUCAAUCAGAUGCUGGGAUCUCGGAGGUCAACCGCGAUUUCGAUCCAUGUGGGAGCGCUACUGUCGUGGAGUUAACGCCAUUGUCUUUGUGGUUGAUGCUGCAGACAAGGCCGCUGUUCCACGGGCUCGGGAAGAACUACACACGCUUCUCGACAAACCGACCCUGGAUGGCAUUCCUCUUCUUGUCCUCGGUAACAAAUCAGACCUGCCCAACAAGCUGUCGGUCGACGAACUCAUAGAUCAACUCGACCUGAAGACCAUUGUCCACCGAGAGAUCAGUUGUUACGGGAUCAGUGCCAAAGAAGAAACCAACCUCGACGCUGUCCUUCAAUGGCUUGUGGCUCGGUCAGGAAAGUGA